CGUCGCGCCUGCAGAUGACUUACUAAACUGGAGCGCGUCAUCCUUGGCACUUAACGCUCUUACUCCGCCAAUCUCGGAGUCCGUGUAACGUGAACAUCGUCAGGUUGAGGACGAGAGAUUCUUUAGAUCUUUCUACUUUUGACUCGAGAGAACUCAAUUUCAGUUACAUUGAGGGACAUUAUCGAUCGACUGCGCAUAAGCACAGUCUUAAUUUAGUCUCAUUUACUUUAUCGCCGAGUCUCUAUCCAGCUGCAGCAAAAGUUGCGGAACUUCAUAGUCUAUUGAGGGAAUGCACCGACCGAUCGACCUUCGUUCUCAGACCAAACGUUUACAAUGCGUCUCCGCCUCCUGAUCCAGCGCCAUGCGCUCCCGUCCGUACAAAUCGUCUACACCACCGGCACAGGACCGGCAUCUCAUACGAAAUCGCGAGAAAGCACCAUCGCCGACUUACUACACGACGUGAACGACUUGGUUCCGCUCGAAUCGGCCGACGGCGAAUGGGGCCUAGAGGACUACGUGGUGGAAGUUGUGCCGCCGACAGGAGAUAGAACAACAAAAGCCUACGAGUGUCUCCAUUAUCAGACUUGCGAAUCCGUCCUCCGUGAAGAUGACGAGGUGGUCAUACGUGCGUUGUCGUCGGAAGAGCUGAGGAUUCGAAGAUUAGGAGGCAGACAUCAGAUCGCGGGGGAUGGGAGACAUCUCAUUGAUGGCGUGGCGUUCGGGAAACAGUGGUUGAGAAAGGCUGCCCGGCCGGGAAUAGUGAUUCCGCCUCGCAAGAAGAGAAGACUGCUGACGGCCGAGGAGGGAGACGAAGAAGAUGAGGAGGACGAAAUCAGACGGAUCCUCCCUGCGGAUAAUAAUGCUUCCAGUGCUCUUGUUCGGUUCGACGAAGAUGAAGACGAGGACGAGGAGGAAGACGACGAAGAUUAUGUUGAUGAAGGGGACGAUGCUGACUCUGAUGUUGAUGCUGCUGAAUCACGUGAGAUCGCCGUCAGAGCGGAAUUUGAUGACGCAGACGCAGAUGCAGAUGCGGACCUGGACCCGGAGUCUUCUGCCACGAUGGAACGCUCACCCUCUGAGGCAGAGCUGCCGAAUGAAGAUCUAUCGAAUGAGAUCAAGAAGCUGCUGCAAGAUGCUGCCGAGAUCGAGCGAGCCGGAAACGCAUGGCUGGCAAACAAGCUAGUCCGCAAGCAGUUGAAGAGAAAGAGAAGUAUCGACGAUGAAGGCCAGGAACACGAACACGAAACUGUAACGUUUGAAGGCUUCUCUACCCCGGUCAGAGCCUCGAAGAAUACAGAUACAAACACUGAUGAAGAGGACGAUUCAGAGGCAGACUCUGACGCCGAGUCUGACGCAGACAGUGAUGCUGACAGUGAUGCCGACAGCAUGCUGCAGGAGAUUGCCCAUCAGCAAGCCGAGAAACGCGCCAAGAAUAUCGUGGAGGAAGACCAUGAGGAAGGCGAUGGCGAUGAGGAUGAUGAGUAUGAUGAUGAGGCCGCUGAAGAGGGACAAGAGGAUGAAGAUUCAUCAGAACAUAGCACCUCUUCUUACUCUGAGUCAACAUCGUCUGGGUCCGAACCGGAUCAACAUGGCGUGACGGAAGACCUUGCCGUGCAAGAGGCCAAGAAAAGGGUCUUGGAUUUAAUCCAAUCUUCAGAUAGAGAAUCUCCUGACGCCUCUGAGGAUAGCUCAUCGAGCUCCGAGGAUGAGUCAGAUGGUGAUGCCACAUCGAGCUCAGGUUCAGAACCGGGUUUGGAGUCGGACUCGGAAGACGAUAGUUCUAGCACUUCUUCUACGUCAGAGUCCGAGUCUGAAUCCGAUUCAGAAUCCGAGUCUAACUCAUCGACCGAGUCGAAGAAACAAGAAACGAAGCAGUCCACAUCUACUGGCAACACCUCUGACACAGCUAAGCCAGCAACAGAUGGCCGAGAAGGAUCUACAAAAACGGCAACCGUUCCACCGGGUGCGGGCACAGCAAGAACGCACAAUAACAACAACAGAAUCAAGAAGAGAAAAAGGUUGAAUCUCUUAAAACAGCAAGGUGUCUUGCCCAAGGAAGCUGAUUUUCGGGCGUUGGCUGCUUAUGAUGAAGCGCAAGCGAACAAAGGAAAGGAGUCGACCGAUAUGCAAAAUCAGGAAGGAUCUGCAACCGUAGAUAUUACAUCUGCUGGUAUCGAACAACCCAGGGGAAAUGAUGAAGCAGCAAGUGUUGACAACAAAACGAAGUCCGAAUCAGAAGCGGUUGAUCCGUCAAAGUCGACUUCGGAAGCUGUUGUGGCCCCAGUGCCGGAGGCUCGCGAGACGCGGCAAGCAGAGGCACAACCGGAUACGGAGCCUACCCCUAAAAGAGCCAAACUGGACCUGGCUAGCUCUCGAAGAAUGCUCUUCUCGUCUCUGGGACUGAGAACUCCCAAAACACCUGAAGCAGAACAGGCGUUGAGGGAGAAGUUGUCCAGACCGCUAAAGCAAGCCAAUAAUGCUGUGGCUGAGAGUGCUCUGCCUUCUCCUGCAGGCGCACCCUCGAACCAGGAGGAUGAGUCCUGGAAGGACAAGCUCGUUAUCAUGGCAGUCGAGUGCGAGGGCGCCGGGGGCGUUUUGCCUCCGCCGCCGUUCCCUUUCGAACAGGGCUGGACGAGGACUUCAAGUGCCAAGAGCAAGCGCCGCGCUCGGGACGAAGCUCAAUACUAUGGAGAGGGAGUUGGUCAAGAGCAAGGCCAACAGGAAGAUGCUUUCGCCCCCGACGCGUCGAUGCUGGCUUCGGGCAAAGGCAUGCCAUCAGACGCAGUGGUUACCUCCCAGUCUGCAGCAGACGGGAAUGAGAAUUCGGAUGAAUUUGAUAUGCCGAUGCCAGCUGACAUCGAGAACCUGCCUGAUCUCGACGAAGCCAACAUCUUGCCAGGAGCGGUGAUCGCCUACAAAGAAUUGCAUGUUGAUGCCUCCACCAAUUACCAACCUGAGGUCUCUUCCUACCGACUGGGACGUGUUUCCAUGAUGGAUGCAGAUGGUACCGUCCAUCUAACGCUGGCCAAAAGCUCGCUUGAGUCUACAUCGAAACCAAUGUACGACGAGGAAACUGGGGAGCGAAUCUACGGCAAGUUUGAUAUACCGACAGAAGACGCCGAGGAGUCUGAUGAUGGUACCCGUGAGAUAGCGUUUUCCGCCAUGAUUUCGCCGAAACUUGUGGAAAAAUCCCUGGUGGAGGUGGCUGAGAGCUCUCAUGGAAAGGGUGGAGAUGCCCCGGCUUCGCUCGCUGAGGAGCAAUACACUGCCAUUCCUGAGACCCUUGAACAAUCGAAGCAUACGACGACCUCGGACAAUCCCAACAUAUCUGUAGGGGACAUUGCAACUCCACGCAGACAGGAAAUCGCAAACAUCAUAAAGGAAGCUGGAUUCAAUUCCGCCCUGGACGAGAAAGUUCUGCAGCCUAUCAGAAACCCAUCGGACCAAGAUGUUCAGCAUCAGACGGCCGUCAGCUUGCAAACUAGGUCUCAGCAAGAGCAUCAUCUUAGACCUCCAAGAAGGUCCCCGCGCAUCAGCCCGUCGCAUUCUAAUCAUGCGGCCUCUCCCGAGCUGGGUGUCAAUGAGGAUGUGCCUGGUGGCCCUCAAGCCCAACUAGAGUCCGAAUUGGCUCAGUCCUCAUCUCCCACCCAAGAAACAGUUGAAUACCCUCAUAUCUCGCAGAUCGAACUAGGUUCAUCUGUUCAUAACCUGACUACCAACAGCAGCUCACACCAGGAUGCACAAAAGAUCUCCCCAGCCCCUGCGGUUGAGCUGUCCUUUACGAUUUCCGAACAGCAGGAUCCUGGUAACGAGGCAGACGAUGAACAGACCGGCCUGCAGCAAGACUCAAUGGAGGCAUUCGAUUCUGGAAUUCCGCAGUCUCGGUCACAAUCUGCCCCGAGAGAAUCUCCGGAAGCAGGGGCUGAACGGAACGAAUCCUCUGUUGUGCAAGAUUCUUUUUCAGGUCCUGGCUCCGCUGGUCACGAUUCUUCGUACCAUGAUGACGAUGACGAGGCUGGCAGUGACAAUGACAGUGACGAGCUACCCUCCCUGCAGGAGAUUGCUUCGGGUCGCAGUCUGAGCCAACGCAUCACCACACGCUCGAGCAAAUUGUCGGCACCGUCAGGCAAGAGAUCUCUGCGUCAGUUGAAGAAUGAACGCCAGUCAACUCCUCCAAGCAGUCCUGAUCUGCCACCUUCGAGCCAGCCCAUUAUCAAAAUGUCUCAGAGUCAGCAGGAACGACGUCUUUCACAGAUUCCUGCUGGGUCUCAAGUUGUCGACUUGACCUUUUCGAGUAGUCCUGGGAAGGUAGAUGAUGGGGAUGGUGAUGCAGCGGAUUCUACUUAUAGUGAAGGGAAGGGCUCGUCUGCUCGCCACACGAAGAAAUCAGGUUCCAAGGCGAUGAAGCAGGAUGCCGGACUGGGGAAGCGGAGGCUGCUUAUUUCUAAGAAGGCGAGACAGUAUUACUAGUGAUGCUGGUAGUGAGUGAGCCAGAGCACAGGUGCAUUGUGUAUUUUGUACGAAGGGGAGGCAACUUGACCCUGCAGUAUUAUUUAGUGCUUUCAUACACAAUUGUAAUUAAUCCUGAUACUGGAAUCACAAUUCAGAUGACAAUUGAUAUGGUUUGGUAAAAGUUCGGGUGAAUCCAAC